ACAGUAAAAGGGAUAGGAAAAACCAGGCAGUGAACUAGCCAGCUCUCGAUGGAGCGUUGCGCGAAGCGGAGGAAAAGGUCCUCUUUGCCCGCGCCAAAAUUCAAGUAAAGGAAAGGACGGAAGAACCUGAUCGUCGGGGCGGCCGGAAGGCGAGGCGGGGCACUCGUAGAGGUUUUGAGCGGUGAUGGCGACACUUCUUUCCUUUCUCCGGAGGAUCUGUUCUCUGUGAGCAAGAAAAUCUUUUUACAGUUGCUGGUGAACAUUUCUGCUCUCUGAACAACGCCCUGUUUUAUUUAGGCAGGUUUUCCUCCUGCAGACCUACACGGGGGUUGGAAGUCAGUUUGGUUGGAAUCUCCAGGAGGACCAAUUAAAAUGUACAUCAAGUCUAUUGUCCUUGAGGGGUUCAAGUCUUAUGCUCAAAGGACAGAGGUUAAUGAUUUUGACCCAUUGUUCAAUGCUAUUACUGGCUUAAAUGGAAGUGGCAAGUCCAACAUACUGGACUCCAUCUGUUUCUUACUGGGCAUCACUAAUCUGUCACAGGUGCGAGCUUCCAACUUGCAAGAUCUUGUUUACAAAAAUGGCCAGGCGGGAAUUACAAAAGCUACAGUAUCAAUCACCUUUGAUAAUUUUGACAAGAAACAGAGCCCGCUAGGAUUCGAAAAUCAUGAUGAGAUUACAGUAACAAGACAAGUGGUGAUUGGAGGUAGAAAUAAGUAUCUUAUCAAUGGAGUGAAUGCAAACAAUACUAGAGUACAGGAUCUCUUCUGUUCUAUUGGAUUAAAUGUCAAUAACCCUCACUUUCUUAUUAUGCAGGGACGGAUAACCAAGGUCCUCAAUAUGAAGCCUCCAGAGAUUUUGGCCAUGAUUGAGGAAGCAGCCGGCACAAGAAUGUAUGAGUGCAAGAAAAUAGCUGCCCAGAAAACCAUAGAGAAAAAAGAAGCAAAACUGAAAGAAAUUUGCACGAUUUUGGAGGAAGAAAUCACUCCCACUUUGCAGAAGUUGAAAGAGGAACGGUCAUCCUACUUGGAAUACCAAAAAGUGAUGCGGGAGAUAGAACAUCUGAGUCGUCUUUAUGUUGCAUAUCAGUUUCGGUUAGCUGAAGAAACCAAAGCACGUUCAGCUGAUGUACUGAAGGAGAUGGAAGAUAAUAUUUCUAAACUUCAAGAAGAGAUAACUGGGAAUGAGAAUACAAUGAAGGAACUUGGCAAAGAAAUAGCAGAAAUGGAAAAGAAAAGAGAUCAAGAAUUUGGUGGUGUGCUUCAUUCGCUUGAAGAAGCCCUUGCAGAAGUUCAGAGGACUGAUACCAAAGUGCAAAGUACCCUUGAUAUCAAAAACCAAAAUCUGCAGAGUGAAGAGAAAAAGCACAAAGAAUUAGUAAAAUGCAUGGAAGAGGAUUCUAAAGCUGUGGUCUCAAAGGAAAAAGAAGUCAAGGAGGUAACUGAUGCUCUGAAUGCUCUUCGAGAGGUCAGCAAUGCAGACACAGAGGCUUUGGCUGCUGCCCAGCAACAUUUCAAUGCUGUGUCGGCCGGCCUCUCCAGCAGUGAAGAUGGGGAAGAUGCUACUCUUGCUGGGCAGAUGAUGGCUUGCAAGAACGAGAUAAGCAAAGCAGAAACAGAAGCUAAGCAAGCUCAGAUGAAGUUGAAACAUGCCCAACAAGAGCUCAAGGCCAAACAAGCGGAAGUGAAAAAAAUGGACAGUGGCUACAAGAAAGACCAGGAUUCCUUCGAGGCAGUCAAGAAGCAGAAAGAGAAACUAGAAAAUGACAUGAAGAAGCUCAAUUAUGAAGAUAAAAAAGAAGAAACCCUUUCUGAAAAACAAAGGGAGUUGUCCCGUGUGGUUAACCGCUUGAGGGAAUCCUAUGAAGUUUUAGUAACCAAGUUCCCCAACCUACGCUUCGAAUACAGGAAUCCGGAAAAAAACUGGAACCCGGAUCACGUCAAGGGGCUGGUGGCCUCUCUGAUUACUGUUAAAGAUGUCUCCACGGCAACAGCACUAGAAGUAGUCGCAGGGGGUCGACUCUACAAUGUAGUGGUGGAUACAGAGGUUACUGGCAAGAAACUGCUAGAGAAGGGAGAACUGAAGCGUCGCUAUACUAUUAUUCCAUUGAACAAGAUUUCAGCACGUUGUGUUAGCAAAGAGGCCAUCAAAGCAGCCAAAACCUUGGUUGGUGAUAAUAACGUCCACUUGGCCCUUAGUCUGGUGGGUUAUGAAUCGGAAGUGCAAAAAGCAAUGGAAUACGUUUUUGGAAGCACAAUGGUUUGUGAUAACAUGGACAAUGCCAAGAAAGUUACCUUUGAUAAAAGGAUAAUGACGAAAACAGUCACUCUUGGUGGAGACACCUUUGAUCCUCAGGGCACACUGAGUGGAGGUGCACGACCACAAUCGGCAUCAGUUUUGUCGAAACUUCAAGAACUGAAAGAUGUGCAGGAGGAAUUAAAAGCGAAGGAAGCCGAGUCCCAACAGAUAGAAAGGGAGCUAGCCAGUCUGCAGGGGACUGCUGAAAAGUAUCGCCAGCUGAAGCAGCAAUGGGAGAUGAAGUCUGAAGAAGCUGAGCUGUUGCAGACAAAGUUGCAGCAAAGUGCGUAUCACAAACAGCAGGAAGGCUUGGAUGCCCUGGAAAGAACCAUCGAGGAAAGCGAGGAGACUUUGAAGAAGACGAAAGAGGUACAAAAAAAGGCAGAGGAAAAACUCAAAGUGCUGGAAAAGAAAAUGAAGAAUGCUGAAGCAGAGAGAGAGAAAGAAUUGAAAAAUGCCCAACAGAAAUUAGAUGCAGCCAAGAAAAAGGCUAAUGCUUCCAGCAAAAAGAUGAAGGAAAAGGAACAGGAGGUUGAAGCUUUGGUGUUGGAACUAGAGGAGCUAAAAAGGGAACAGGCUUCUUAUAAACAACAGAUUGAGGCUGUGAAUGAAGCUAUUAAAUCAUUCCAAGAGCAAAUUGAGGCUAUAUCUGUGGAGGUAGCAAAAAACAAGGAAUGUGUGAAGAACGCAGAAGAGAAACUUGCUAAGCAAAAAGUGGUCGUAAUGGCCCAGGACAAAGCAAUUAGAGCCAAAUCUGCAGAGGUCGUAAAAUAUAAAGAACAAAACAAUGAAUCGCAACUGAAGAUUAAAGAGUUAGAGCACAACAUCAGCAAACAUAAGCGGGAGGCUUCUGAUGCAUCUGCAAAGGUAGCUAAGAUGCUGAAAGACUAUGAAUGGAUUGCGUCAGAGAAGCACCUUUUUGGCCAGCCAAACACAGCUUAUGAUUUCAAGACGAAUAAUCCCAAAGAAGCAGGCCAGAGGCUACAGAAGCUGCAAGAGAAGAAGGAGAAGCUGGGGAGAAAUGUCAACAUGAGAGCGAUGAACAUGCUUUCCGAAGCAGAAGAAAGAUACAAUGACUUGAUGAAAAAGAAAAGGAUUGUUGAAAAUGAUAAGUCUAAAAUUCUUGCCACUAUUGUGGAGCUUGACCAAAAGAAAAACGAAGCUUUAAAUGUAGCUUGGCAAAAGGUAAACAAAGACUUUGGAUCUAUUUUUUCCACCCUUUUGCCGGGGGCCAAUGCUAUGCUGUCUCCUCCUGAAGGGCAGAGUGUCCUGGAUGGUCUGGAAUUCAAAGUAGCCUUGGGAAACACCUGGAAGGAAAACCUAACUGAAUUAAGUGGAGGCCAAAGGUCCCUCGUAGCUUUGUCUUUGAUCUUAGCCAUGCUUCUCUUCAAGCCUGCUCCAAUUUACAUCCUGGAUGAGGUAGAUGCAGCACUUGAUCUCUCGCACACCCAGAAUAUUGGACAGAUGCUUCGCACUCAUUUCAGACAUUCCCAGUUCAUUGUGGUAUCACUAAAGGAUGGUAUGUUCAAUAAUGCAAACGUCCUAUACAAGACCAAGUUUGUGGAUGGUGUUUCUACUGUUGCACGUUACACUCAAGCUCAGAAUGGAAACAGUGGGACUUCCCAGCAAAAAGCUGAUAAAACCAAAACGAAAGAGAAGAGACAAAGAGGAGAAGUUGAUGUUUGAAGAGUUUUUUUACAACCACAGCAGACCAUGUGAUUUUUUUCCCCUUUAAAAGUAGAGACUAUUAUAUAUUCUCGUGUAUAUAGGACUGUUGAUAUAUUCCAUGUGUUAUAAUUUUCUGUCUCUCAUAUGAAAUCUGGGCUAGCGAUGUUCCCUUCAUCUGUUAAAACUUCUGGAUCUUGUUCAAUUUUAUGUAUGAAGUGUUUUCAGAUUUCUUUCCUGAACAGCUACCAGAAUAAGGGAGCUGAGAAUACAGUAAAAUCAACACAAUAAAGACAGCAACAUAUGGUUGUUUUAAAGAUA